CUCUGUACCGCGAGUCGGUGACCAAUUCCGUAGAGGACAUUUUAUUUCUGAUUCUCAUUUCCCACUGAAUUACUGCGGGGACACGUAUCCAGCGCGUAUCCCACACAGGCCUGCUUUCAUCCUUUAAACUAUGUCUCGACGUUACAAGACUAUCCUCGUUCCUGUACUCGUCUUUACCACCUUUACCUUCUACUACAUCUCCCAGAACCAUUAUCAGCUCAAGAACACCCUGUCAUAUGCCACCCGACCUCUUUGGGAUAAAGAUGAUGGCCCUUCGAAUAUCAUUCCCCAUUACUUUGCAGACGGGAUGGUUGCGGACGAGAAUAUGUGCAAGCUACAUAACUGGAAACUCAGGGACAACAUAAAGAACACGAAAGUUCUCGAUGCGAUACUCAUGAGCAGUGAGCUGGAUCUAUUGGAAAUUAGGCUGAACGAACUGGAUCCAGUUGUCGACCGUUUUUUCAUAAUCGAGAGUAAUUCGACGUUCACUGGUCUACCCAAAGAAACCUACUUUCAGAACAACAGACAAAGGUUCGAAAAAUUCGCAAAGAAGAUAUCGUACCGAUUCCUCCCCGGUCCAUCGGAGCAUGACGAAACUAGAGCAUGGGAUGUCGAACGAGACACUCGCGUCGCAAUGAACACUUUUCUGCGAUCACAUAUUACCGAGUUCCCACCUGAUACUCAAACUCUUGUCAUGAUGUCGGACCUCGACGAGAUACCCUUCGCUCAUUCCGUGAUGCUCCUGAAAGGAUGCGAUUUCGGCGAGUCUAUCCACCUUCAGAUGCGUAAUUACUUGUACAGUUUCGAAUGGUUAUUAGGUCUCAAUUCAUGGCGAGCGUCUUUACAAGUAUGGAAUCCCAAGUCUUAUUACCGACACUCCAAGUCAUCGGAAAACGUUCUUGCUGACUCUGGUUGGCAUUGCUCGUUCUGUUUCCGCGAUCUAUCAGAGUUCGUUCAGAAAAUGAGAGGCUACUCGCAUUCUGAUCGUCUUGGUGGGCGCACGGAGUAUCUGGAAGUAGAAAGAAUACAGCAGACCAUAUGUCGAGGCAAGGAUCUAUUUGGGAUGCUACCUGAAGCUUAUAGUUACACCGAUCUCCUCUCCCAGAUGUCCCUUACACCAAUGACAUCCGGUAUCGGACUCCCUCAGUUUGUACUCCUCAACCCAGACAAAUUCCGUUUUCUCCUCCCCGGUGGAUGUAUGAGAGAAACACCAACAGCUUUGGAGGGGACUGACGCAAACUCGGGUACAAAAACUGAAGAAUUCGAUGAUUUGGAGCGGUGACAAAGGCUUGAAUCACAGUGAUUACACUGACCGCUGAGACCAGGAAAUCGGAGUAGUGCCUGUCCUUCGUUCCCUUCCGCUUUUUUUCCAUCAUUGGUUGGACUUUGAUGGAGUCGCAGAGCUCGGGUAUAAGACAAGGUUUGAUAAAUUUGGUUCGAUUAAGAUUCUCGCAUGCAUGACCUUUCCCCCGCUCUGUUUGAGGAUACUACUUCCAUAUGUAGAUCUCUUUACCUGGUCCAUAUACGAUCUACGACAUGUACAUAUUCAUUCCUCUAUUUAUUUCUUCAAAUUAUCAUGAUUCCGUCUGCCCAAACUGUUCAAAUAAAC